ACUUUCUUUCAGUAGGUUGUUUCACUUCCUGCGCGCGUAAUUUUACUCUCUUGCUAUCUAGUCGAUGCUUGGUGCAUUUAUGCCCAGUAAACAGAACUUCUAUAAAUUUUAUUUGCUAGUUUUUAAACUGAAUCGUAGUUGUGGUAGUAGUUGAUGUUGUUGCUGUUGUAUUUAUGUAAUAGCCAACCAAGAAAGAAAGUUUCUACUUCUCAAAGGUUUGCGGCAGUUUUUAAGAUGGAGAACGCCGACGACUCGCCCGACGAAUCUCUGGAUCCUACAUCUGAAUUAUUCGACCCCCUUAAAGCUUUGUACUCGGACAAAACCAAAGUACCUGUAAAAAAUGCUCCUAUUUUUGAUAAUAUUACUAAAUUUGAAUCUGUUUUGAAGGGUAUUGCUCCGACUUGGAUAGGCCAGGGUAGGAAAAAAGGAAACAGAGCUUCAACUGCGGGAAAAAAAGUGAAAGAGAAGAAAGAAGAAAAGGAAUACGAUGCUUUCAAGAGUGGCAGAAACGUUUUAUCACGUAUGGCAAAUACGAUUGGGCCUCUACAACUUAUUUACACGUGUAUGGAGACAAAGUCACGAGUAAAGAUCUACACAAGGAGCGCGAGGGGUAUCAGAGGAUUCAUCGAAGCUUAUGUCGCGGCUUUUGAUAAACAUUGGAACUUAGCUCUCGAAGAUUGUUACGAAACCUGGACACGUAAGGUCAAAAGAAAAGCACCAAUUUUAGGUAUCCCGUCAGUAAAAUCGGAAGAAGUUAACGAGAACGUGCCAAAGAUGAUAGUGAAGACGUCUAACGGAAAGAUAGAGACCUUGGAGAGACACGUGCCACAGAUGAUGCUACGGGGAGAGCAAGUUGUCAUGAUCGUAAAAAUUAAUUGACCCACAUAAUUAUUUUGUUAUUACCCAAUUAAUCUACACUGCACACUGUGUUUGUUUUGUUUAUAUAUUUAUAUAUUUUUUAAACUUUUCAUUAUUUAAAUAAUAUUAAGUUUUAUAAGGACAAAUUGGCAGAUCGAAUUACUCAUUGCGUCAUUUCU